AUGUUUUGGCGUCGACAACAAGCUGAAUUAGCGUAUAAAUGGAAUACACUCGAUAUGGAACAAAUCGAAGAAACUCGAUCAACAUAUAAAGGUGAAUUACGUCGUUCACCUGUAACAGGUGAAUUUGAAGUUUAUUAUCCGAAUUGGAAACGUUUAUUAUUUCGUUCAUUUGUGACAAUACCAAUGAUUGGUAUUAAUAUUAUACUCGUUUCAUUUCUUAUUCUUAUUAUUAUACGUUUUCAAAAUUGGAUUGAUAGACAAUUAAAAAUUGGCCGUUUACCAAAUCUUAUGUCAUUAACAGAAUUAUUACCAAAAAUUUUAUUAGCACUAAUAACAACGAUAUUUAGUGAUAUUUAUAAACGUAUUUCUCGUUGGUUAACGAAUCAAGAAAACUACCGAGAACAACGAAUAUAUGAUGAACAAAUGAUUGCUAAAUUAUUUGCUUGUUCAUGUGUGAAUUCAUACUUUAGUGUUUUUUAUAUUGCUUUUUUUACUCAUAAAUAUAUUCGAUUGUCUCAUCAAUUGACUACUAUUUUUGUCCUCAAACAAUUUUGGGGAAAUAUUAAAGAAGCUAUUAUUCCAUAUAUAGUCUCAAAUACUCAUUUAUCAGUAUUAAUUCAAAUGAGUAAAAAAGAACGUGUACGGUAUGCUGAACGAAAAGAUCUUAAUAAAGAAUUAAAACGUAUUCUUGAUGAAUGGGAAAAUUCAAAAUUAAAUACAACUGAACAACGAAAAGAAACUCAUGAUUAUACAACAAAAGCUAUUGAUGAUAUUCUAACAGAUAAUUGUUUUAAUCGUCGUAGUUCAUUAUUAACGUUUGAAACAUUAUCAUUAUCACAAGCUGAAAUUGAAUGUUCACAACCAAAAUGGCCAGAUUUAUAUGAAGAUUAUUUAGAAAUGGUUAUACAAUUUGGUUAUAUUAUAUUUUUAUCAUCAUUAUUUCCAUUAGCAGCAUUUUUUUCAUUAUUAAAUAAUUUAAUUGAAAUUCGUACUGAUGCAUUUAAAUUAUGUAUGAUAUAUCAAAGACCAUUUUCACAACGUGUUAAAGAUAUUGGUAAUUGGCAAAAAAUAAUGGAAUACAUGGUUAUUGUAGCUAUUAUUAUUAAUUGUAUGUUUUGUUCAGUCCGUGGUGUUCUUCGUCGAUUAUUACCUGAUUUACCAUUUGCUACAGAAAUAUUCGUACUUGUUUGUAUGGAACAUUUAUUGAUUUUAUUCUGUAAAAUAAUUCGAUCAAGUGUUGAACAGGUACCAUAUUGGGUACGAGUUGAAAAAUCUAAAAUGGAAUAUCGUCGACGUGAAGCACUGAAAAAACUUGAAUGUGAUGCAUUACAUCUCAAAGAUAGCCGUUGUCAUACUCAUGAUGAAUAG